AUAUGAUAGUACUGUACAGGACUUUCAUCAUAAUUUGCAUUAACGUUUAAAGAAGAGAGAGGAAGAGAGAUGGCCCUUACAACUAGUUGCUGCUUCAAUAUCUCCCCUCCAACCCCAGCAGCUGCUUCAAACUCUUCUCUUUCUCCAAAAACACCUCAAGUAAUAACAUCGAAUUCGAAGAAUGAAGGAUCAUGGAGAAACCGAUGUGUCCUAGGCAUGGCUUGCAUGAUAAUUGGAUUCGAAACGAGCAAUUUAGUCAUAGGCGGCGAAAGUCGUGCCAUUGCUGAAGACAUGUCCAUGUCCAUGGUCUUGAAAUCAUCAAGUGAGAAGGUUGCAAGAUGGAGUGAGAAAAGAACAUGCCCGGCUUGGAGACUGAAUUCAUUGGAGACCAUUGUACCAGAAAACCUUCCAAGACCAUCAGCUCAUAGGAGAUGGGAGACGGUUGGUUAUUCUAAGAAGGCCAGAGAAGUAUUUAAACUGGUAGUUAAAACUAGUGGCAACAGCUGCUUCUCUAUGUAAACAAACUUUACAAUGUGUUUGCACUUUGCAAAAUAUCUUGUUCAUAGAUAAUUACGAAAUUAAUUCUUAUAUAUAUAAUCAAUCGUAACCAAUAAUAUCAUUGAUCUCC